UGUUUCCGUGUGCUUAGGAGCACAGGUGAGUUUAGGGCGUGGCACCAGAUACCUGCUCUGCUCGCGGCUGUCCGCUCGUGCGUGUGAUCGCGGAGGUAUCAACACUGUUAAGUAACGCCGCGGAUGAUUAUUCUAAGAGGAGUUGUUUUCGUGGAUGUUUUUCUUUAAACCAUAUACUGAGGAAAGUUGGUGACACGAUGAAAGACAUAAAUCUACCCAUCGAAUCAUGUAUAAAUGGUUCUGCCAUACGACUAUUGUGUCCCACGUCCACAUUUGUUUGUAUCUUUGACACAAUAACUGGCAACACGUCUUAUGGUAAUAUAACCUCUCCUGUCAACAAAGCAGCUGUUGCCAUUGACAAAUGGAGCAACUACAAUUUCUGGCUAGGUUUGAUGCUGGCAAUUCUCUCAACUUUCCUCAUUGGGGGAAGUGUUACUUUAAAAAAGAAGGCAUUGCUUCGUUUGGCCAGUGCUGGGGAGAUGAGAGCAGCUGAGGGAGGCCAUGGUUACCUGAGGGACUGGCUUUGGUGGGGUGGCCUUUUGACUAUGGGUGGAGGUGAGGUAGCAAACUUUGCUGCAUACAUGUUUGCUCCAGCCACAGUGGUGACACCUUUAGGAGCUCUCAGUGUUCUUAUCAGUGCGGUUCUGUCCUCCCACUUGUUCGGAGAAACAAUGAAUCUACUAGGAAAACUCGGCUGUUUGCUGAGCAUAUUAGGAAGUACCAUAAUGGUUAUACAUGCACCUGAAGAGGAAGAGGUGACAACACUUUCAGAAAUGACAGACAAACUGCUAGAUCCUGGUUUUCUGGUGUUUGCCUGCAUCCUCCUGGCAGCUUGUAUGUUCCUCAUCUUCUACUUCUCCCCUCGUUAUGGUCAAACAAACAUUUUAAUUUACAUAAGCAUCUGCUCUUUGCUCGGAGCUUUCACCGUGUCGUCGGUCAAGGGCCUCGGCAUCGCUGUCCGCACCGCCUUUUCGGAUGGUUCCGUCUUCCUUCAUCCUCUCACCUGGGUCCUUUUGCUUACCUUAAUUGGAUCCAUCAUCAUCCAAAUCAACUAUCUGAACAAGUCGCUGGAUACCUUCAAUACGCUCCUGGUCUACCCCAUCUACUACGUCUUCUUCACUACCGUGGUCCUGAGCACCUCCGUAAUUCUGUUUAAAGAGUGGAGAGCCAUGUCAGGGGUGGAUGUGGUGGGCACUCUCGGGGGAUUCUUGGUGAUCGUGAUUGGGGUGAGCAUGCUGCACCUCUUCAAAGACUUGAAUGUCUGUCUUGAGGAUUUGAGGAAUAGCCUUUGUGAGCCAUUAGGUCAAGAAAGCCCAUCAAGGAGAGAGGACAAGCACAUCCUCAUAGAGAACAUUGAAACCCUACCACCCAUGAGAGAGGAAGGACCAAGAGUUUUCAUCAUCAGCUGAGCGACACACUUGUGCAUUGUAUACAGAAUGUGAAGAAAUGUCUUCAAUUUAUUAUUACUUUUCUUCACUGAAGGCUGUUGCGCUAUAAUGCAAUUAUUUGUAUAGACUUCAGCUGAGGGCAUUAUAACGCUGACGUAUUCUUGAAGAAUUUGUGGUUGCAAAAAUUUGAUGCGUUUUUGCGAUACAGUUGUGCUUGUGAGAUAAGAUCAAACAGGAACAUCUUGAAGUACUCGUAGAUUGUAUUUAGAAUCAAGUUCGAAUGAAUCUUUAUAAUACAGAACAUGACGCAGCACUAUUUGAUAUUUUGCUGCUGAGGACUGUAUGCAGUCUUUUAAAAUGUCAGUGCUUUGAAAACAUUUUAAUUGCACAUAUAUACUCUAUGUUCCAUCCUCUUUACUUGGGAUUCUUUGUUUAUGUUUAUCUGUAUGUUUUUCCAAAGAAGUUAUUUAAAAUAGAUCAGUGUUUUUAAAUGCAACAUCAAAUAAAGAAAUGACCUAUUUUGUC